AAUGCGAGUGGCAUUGAUUCAUCUGAUCAAUGACAAAGGAUAAGAAAAACUAAAAGAGAGCAAAUUCAGAAGCUGAGAAUAUGAAGACGGAGCUUGAAGAAGAAGAAGAAGAAGAAUGGAGAUCCGUUCACGAGGUUUUAUUAAUCGUUCUUCCUUAUCUUCAUUCUCUGUUCGAGCUUCUCUCUAUGAUUCGCGUUUCGCGAUCUCUCAGAGACGCGAUCAGAGACGAAACCGCGUUAUGGACAAAACUCGUUAUUGAACCACCGUUGAGCUCUCGUCUAACCGAUGAUAUUCUAUCGGAGUUCAGUUCCAAAUCCGCCGGAAAGCUGAAAACUCUGAUUCUCCGGCAAUGUCUUAUGGUCACCAACAAGGGACUCCGUCGUGUUGUGGAUGCUAAUCCUCUCAUCACUAAGAUAAUUGUGCCUGGAUGCUCUGGAUUGACUCCUGAAGGAAUCAUGGAAUGUGUUGAAAGCUUGUCUAAGAACAAUCAUAAACUAGAGACACUUCACAUCAAUGGCGUCAAUGGCUUUACCAAACAACAUCUCUCAGCACUGUAUACUUACCUUUCUUCCGAGGGAACGAUUGACCUCGAGGUCUGUCCCAAAUGCGAUGAAGUAAGGAUGAUUCCGUCUUGCUCAAGAGAAUCAUGUAACCAGAAGCAACGCAAGUGCCGUGGAUGCUGGCUUUGUAUCCCUAGAUGUGCAGAGUGCGCAGUGUGCCUUGUUGGUUCAGAUACUGAGAGUCAAGAAGCAGCGUGUGGUAAUGAUGAUGUUCUGUGUCUUGAAUGUUGGCUUGUGCUUCCCAAGUGCAGAUUCUGCAAUAAACCAUAUUGCACUAAUCACAGUAGUCGUCGACAUGAGAUUGCAAUCACUGAUGCUGCAUCUCGGCCUUCGUUUGAAUGUGAAGCUUGUUACUAUAGGGCAGGUACAAACCCAUAUGAAGUCGACUAUCAAAUCUAAACAAACACUUUGUUGUCUGCAACUUUGUCUAUUUUGUAUAUGACAAGCUUGGAUUGUGAAAUAUUCAGCC